CAACAGUGACUAUCAUCUUGUUGAACAAGUGAGCAUCGUUUUUAACGCUUUCGCAAGUCCUAAAAGUCGGCAACAUGGAGAAACGGAUUGAGCUUGAAAAGCGUGGAAGGAACCCUGCAGUGAUAAAAGAACUAAACUUGGACAAUUGUCGAAGUACGUCAAUUGUUGGUCUAACUGAUGAGUUUGUAAAUUUGGAGUCCCUGAGCCUUAUUAAUGUUGGGCUCAUCAGCCUCAAAGGUUUUCCCAAACUGCCAAAUCUAAAAAAGUUGGAACUAAGUGAUAACAGGAUCUCUGGUGGUUUGAAUUGGUUACAUGACAGCCCAAAACUUACACAUCUUAACCUCAGUGGAAAUAAAAUAAAAGACAUUGAAACAUUAAAACCAUUGCAAGCAUUUAAAAACUUAAAAAAUUUGGAUUUGUUCAACUGUGAAGUCACAAAUGUAGAUAACUAUAGAGAAGAAGUCUUUGGACUUAUAUCUAGUUUAAAGUACCUGGAUGGAUAUGACAGAGAUGAUAAAGAAGCGGAAGAUUCAGAAGUAGACGAUGAUGAUGGAAAUGAAGAAGAUGAUGAUGAAAAUGAUGCUCAUGAAGAUGGGGACAGUGAAGAUGAAGAGGAGGAUGAAGGCGAAGAUGAGCAAGAUGAUGAUGAAGCAAAUGCAGACGAGGAAGAUGAAGACGAUUUAGAUGAUGAGGAUGCAGAUGAAGAAGAGGACAGUGAAGGAAAUGAUUUAAAUGUUGAUGAGGAUGAUGAAGAAGAAAGUCCACGAGGUCAAAAGCGGAAAAGGGAUGCAGAUGAUGGAGAUGAAGAUUGAAAAAAACUUUCCAAGAACAUUGCUUCAUCUAUUCAUCCUAAUGUGUAGAGUGAUAAUUAUGUACAGCAUAACUUUUAUUCAUCCAUCUUUUAUGUUUUGCAAUUCCCAAUCAACAUUUUCCUGAAGCGCAAAACAUAAAAGAACUAUCGACUGAGACCAAAUGAAGGAAGUGGAUGGCAUUAUAUUUUAUAUAAUGGCUGUGUCUACUUUGAGUCGUGCCUCGUAGUUUAAACCCACAAGCCUUGUCAGGAUCCCUUUGCAAUCACUGCACAAAUUAUAAGUACAGAUUUAAAAAAUGUAGUUUUGUAAUAUAAUUCUUUUAUAAAUUUGUACUGUAAAGAAUUGUUUAGUAGGAUUUAUACGAACAUAAAAUGGAAUUUAUUUAAUCUUUAACUUGGACUAAGUAAAUUUAUUUUUUGAUUAAAAAUACUUUUUUGAAAUGUAAGAUUUCUUUCAUCUCAAAUUUUGGGAUAUUCAUUACUUUUAAUUUAUUGAUCAUGCUAACUAUAAAGUGUUUUCUUGCAUUUUUUUAAAUAUUUGCUUUUUUUAUUUUGAGGAGAGAAGCAUUGUAGCAGGUUCCUGGUUUGGUUUUUGGUUUACUAAAGAUAAAAUGUCAUUGCUUUUAAGUCCAUUGCUUACUGAUAUCACGAGUCAUCAUUUUUGAACAAGCUUUUCUUGUGAAAGCUUGUGUAUCACAAUUGUUAAUAAAAAGAACUUUUUAUGGAAA